UGCCUAGACGAUGCUUGUAAACAAAAGAGAACCUGUCAUGGCGAGGCUUUGGAUUUCAGCGCAUGUGUUUUUCUCUUGAUAUGAAGAUGCUUCUGUGUGAAGAAGGCGCUUUGUUUUGAAAAUGCCAGAAUCUGUGACAGAAACGGUAGAACUAGUAGACGUCCCUCCUCCGGGGAAGUGGUCAUGGAAUGAUGAGACGCAGGCCCUUGAAUUCACCUGUUUCAACGCAGCUGAUGAUGCCAAGGACAAAAGAAGAAAGAGGGCAUUGCAAGAAGAGGCACCCAAGCGCCAAGAGAGACACCCUAUGGGUCAGGCGGGCGGGUUCGGGCAGCGACGGAAGACCGGGGCCGCAGUGCGCACGGCACUUUUUGUGGCGCGUCUGAAACGCGCUGUAAGGACCCAAGUCACUAUCCAGAAUGUAAAACAGGUUGCACUGAAUUUGCUGGAGGAGAAUGAGGCCAUUCGAGUACCACACUCUUUUCUGUCAUUGAUGAAGUGUGCAGAGCUUGAUAACUUUUUGGGUGCUCUGCUACUUUAUCUAUCAUGUUACUUUGAGAAGAAAAGUUGGGAAGCAAAGAAGGAAAGAAAUCCACUGAUGGCUGAACCCAGCCUGACGGAGAAGCGUCAGACGGAGGAGGCCUGUGCGAAGGUGGGGCUGGCCCAGAAGCAGCUGGCCAUCCGCUACUCCUCCCUGAUCCUGGGCCUCGGACGCUCAAACAAGCACCACCACAUGGCAUGCGGAAGGGGUAAAAUGUCAGCGACGCACAAGGACAGGCAACUGUAUGAGGUCCUGUACAAGUUCUCGUGCUACGCAGCGUGGGUGACCUUCACUAGGAAGGACAUGCAGGGCAUCCAGGAAGAGAUCAGUCGCCUGCUGCGCUCCGACACCUUCAACCCCACUGUGAAGCUCAAGAACCAGCCCAGCCCGGCGGAGACCGAGACCCAGGAGCCCAGUGCUGUCAAGAGGAAGUCGCAGCGGCGGCCGGCGUUGAGCAGGAUCAUGACCCAGCGCUCCCCAAUCAUGGUGUCCCUGCUGCCCACCCCACAGGAGGACGCGCCCCACCUCUUCCAGAGGGCCCCGCCCCCAGAGCAGUCCAACGCACCGCCCCUCGUCAACAUGGACAAACUGGUGGCGCAGCUCAGCAGGCAGCUGACCAAUAUGAAUUUUGGCAUCAUCGGUAAGCCGCUGGCCCACUUCAGCCCCACCACGCUGAUGCCCCACUGUACGGUGGAGGGGACCGGGGAGGAGGAGGAGGCCGGCGGCGGCGGCGGCGGUGGUGCGAGCAGUGGCAGUGGCAGCUCUGCCCCCAGCUCCCCCAUAGCCUCCAUGAGGGCCAGGGCUGCCUCCAGCGUGGCCAGCGCCAGCCGCGCCAACACUGCCAACACUGCCACCACCCGGGCCACCACCGAGGGACCAUCCUCAGACACUGAAUAGUAGCAGCAGUAGUAGUAGUAGUAGUGUGUGUGGGUGGGGGGUGGGGCAGAGCCUGCAAAGCUACCGUGUGUGUGUGUGUGUGUGUGUGUGUGUGUGUGUGUGUGUGUGUGUGUGUGUGUGUGUGUGUGUGUGUGUGUGUGUGUGUGUGUGUGUGUGUGUGUGUGUGUGUGUAUGUUUUGGCUGUCCAUAAUUAUUCUGAAUUAAAAAUAACCAGCAAUGAGCAUUUUAAAUUAA